AGACAGAGGAAGUGAGUAUUGUUAAUGAACUCUUCAAAGACCAUUUUAUAUGUCCAUUUGUAGUGCUCAUUGACAAAAACACUUAUUAAUAUUCUUUUUUGUUUUAUUUAUGAUGAUUAUCAUCGUUGAAACGCCUGCACAACAUUUCUAUUUAUUAUCAUUAUGAUUAGCAUAUGAGAUGAACUAAUUAAGUCAGCUCUAUAUAUCCAUUUUUACAAUAUUCCGAUGGAAAUCGAAGCUGCAGCUGAACCAUCUCCAGUAGAAAUGCCGCCUCCCAAUAUAGGGAAGCUGAUAACCAUUCUCACCAUUGAUGGAGGAGGAAUUAGAGGAAUCAUUCCUGGGGUUAUCCUUGCAUAUCUUGAAUCACAACUUCAGGAAUUAGACGGUAAAGAUGCAAGAAUCGCGGAUUAUUUUGACUUGAUAGCGGGAACAAGUACGGGUGGCCUUGUCACAGCCAUGUUAACUGCACCAAACAAAGAUAAACGCCCUUUUUAUGCUGCCAAAGAUAUUACUCCUUUCUAUCUUGAACACUCCCCCAAAAUCUUUCCCCAGAUCGGGACUAAUUUUUGCUGUGGACCAUUGGCUGGGCUCGUAAAUCUGGCCAAAAUGAUGAACGGACCUAAAUAUGAUGGGAAGUAUCUCCAUAAACUUAUAAAGGGACUCCUAGGAAGUACCAGGUUGCAUGAUACCUUAACUGCCGUCGUGGUUCCAACUUUUGACAUCAAGACACUUCAGCCAGUUAUCUUCAGCUCAUAUGAGGCAGAAUCUAAACCUGAUUUGGAUGCGGAACUGGCGGACAUUUGCAUUAGUACGUCGGCAGCGCCAACUUUUCUACCUGCACAUAGUUUCAAGAACAAGGAUGCUCAAAACAAUGAACGGGAAUUCAACCUAAUUGAUGGUGGUAUCGCUGCUAAUAACCCGACAUUGAUCGCAAUUGGUGAGGUGACUAAGCAAGUAUUGCUGAAGCACGAAGACUUAUUCCCUAUCAAGCCCAUGGACUAUGGUCGCAUUCUGGUAAUAUCAUUGGGGACAGGCAAUGCAAAGAACGAGGAGAAAUACAAUGCCAAAAUGGUUUCCAAAUGGGGAUUACUUAGCUGGCUAAUUAAUAACAACUCCUCACCGAUCAUAGAUGCAUUUAAUCAGGCAAGCUCUGAUAUGGUUAAUUAUCACAACUUUGUGGUUUUCAAAGCUCUUCACUCGGAUGAUAAGUACCUCCGAAUCCAGGACGACACCUUGACGGGGGACUUGGCCUCAGUUGACGUAGCCACAAAGGAAAACUUAGAAGGCCUCGUCAAGGUAGGAGAACAUCUUCUGGAUAAACCAGCUUCUAAGAUAAAUUUAGACAAAGGAGUUUAUGAACCAAUUGAGAAUGGAGGAACCAACAAGGAAGCACUUCGGAGGUUUGCAAAGAUACUUUCAGACGAGAGGAAAUUGCGCCAGUCCACUGCUGGUAGCCGGUUGGUCUAAAUGACGUUGUAUUGUCAUCCACUUUGUUGCAACAGCGUGAAUGUAUUAUGUAUAUCAGUUUAAUAAUGUUCCUACUCUGCCAUUCCUUUUAUGCCUUUGUAUAUUGGUGGAAUUGAAGUUGCACAGCUUAAUUAGCGUAUCAUUCUACAUCAGUCAAUGUCGCAAUAUGGCAAUGCAUCCCUAUAAAUACAAUAUUAAA